AUGCCUGGACUGAUUGCCUUUAACAGAAGAUGGGGAAUAGGGUCAGAUGAUUUCGUCUUCCCAGAACUCCUCGAGUUAUGUUUGCGUGUAAUUUGGUUAACAGUGAUUGCGAUUGUAUAUAGUGUGCACAGUGAAUCCAUAUAUCAAUGCAAAGAUGGAAAUCUGUUGAAGAUCUACUACAUUGGUUUCAUGGCUCUGCUAAGUGUGGCAAUUAUAAUAUGCGCAUGUAUAGUGUAUGUGAGUAGCCGAGGCACUAUCAUGAUAACUGGCCCCAGAAAAAAGCUUGCCAAAUUACUGUAUUUAAAACUAGUCAUCACAGUUCCAGAAAUUGUCUGGAACAUUCUAGGAACAUACUGGUCAUUUUUACGUUCCAGUAACUGCCAGGUUUUUGUUGUUAAGACCGUCCAGGGGGCAGUCCUCACAGGAUGGAUUUUAGGAGUGUUGGUCAUUAUAGGGAUAAUAGUAGUGUUUGAUCCACUUGGAAAAUUAAAUAAGAUAAAACCUAGGAUUUCUGGUGAAUUACAAAGCAAAGAAUCAACACAGUUUUUAGAAGGUGCUAUGAGUGCUGCCAAAAAGGCCUGGGAAAAAAGAUGUAGACUUUUAUGCUGUUGUGUACUGGGGGAUGAACAGAGCAAGGAUGCUUUUGAUGAAAUCAGUCAACUUCUAGCAGAUUUCUUCCAGGACCUGGACUUGGUGCCUACUGAUAUUGCAGCUGGUCUAAUCUUAGUACAAAGGGAUCAGGAAAAACUCUUCAACAGUGGUGGCAAGUCUUACAACACGUUUGCAGAGCUUCAAACAAGUGUAAAAGCACCUGUUGGCAGCAGCAAUGAUACCCCCAUAGGCCCUACCCCCUGGAUGACUUCCACAAACAUGCAUCACUACAUGAAGUAUGCAGCAGGCAGUUAUGGGUGGCCUAUGUAUAUGUUUACUCAUCUAGCAACUGGGCUCUGUCGACUUUGUGGGGCAUGUAGAUGCCACACUUGUUACCAUGGAGGUGAAGUCAUAGAUGACAACUGUUGUCAAUGUCACACGGCGGCCAUUAGGCGACAGACAAACAUAGCAGAUCAAGACCUCCCCUAUGUCACCUUCCAUAACAAGAUUUUUCAGAUCCCAUUCUAUGUAGCAAUAGACAGAGCUCACCAGACAGUGGUCGUGUCCGUCAGAGGAACUUUAUCACUGAAGGACGCUGUGACAGAUAUGUCUGCAGAAUGUGACCCUCUUGAAAUGUUAGAGGAUGCGAAGGCACACCGAGGCAUGCUCCAGGCAGCUAAAUACAUCCAGGAACAACUGCAGUCUAAAAGCAUUCUAGAUGCAGCAUUUCAACAAGUUCAGGGUGCUGGACUGAUGAUUUGUGGUCAUAGUUUAGGAGCUGGUGUAGCCUCAUUAUUAGCUCUGUUACUGAAGUCUGAUUAUCCAGAUGUGCGGUGCUUUGCUUAUUCUCCACCUGGAGGUCUUUUGAGUUACAAUGCUAGUGUUUUCUGUCGAGACUUUAUUUGUUCUGUGAUUCUGGGAAAGGACUUCAUUCCAAGAUUAGGUCUUGUUUCCAUGGAGGAUUUAAAAGCAAAGACAUUACAAUGCAUAGCUAAUUCCAAAAUACCAAAGUACAGGAUUUUAGUGGCCGGGGUAUGGGAGCUGUGUUGUAGCUGUAAGGAUGACAGUUCAAUCUCGGAUCUGGAGGACACGGCAAAUCUUGUUGAGGAGAACAGGACAAAUUCCUCCAAGAAAUCAAUAGAGCAAGCAAUCCAAAACACAAUACAGGCACGUGAAGAGUACAAGAUAACACACACACCUAUGUACCCCCCGGGACAGGUCCUACACAUACAGGAAGUGGAUACAGAAAGGAAAUGUUUUGAAGAUCCCUCUUACUUUGCUGAGUGGAAAGAUCCCAAGGAUUUCACAGAGAUUUUAGUUUGUCCAGAAAUGGUGUAUGAUCACUUCCCUGAUAAAGUACUGAAAGCACUGGAGCAGCUCAGUCAGAAAAACUUCACCCCUAGAUCCAAAUUCAAGAGCCAAUCUGCGGAUACAAAUGUCUAACCAUUGUCAUUUGUUGAGUUUAUUUUAGUUAUGAA